AUGAUGUCCGAUCAUUCGAGUCUUCCCUCAAAAUUCUCGAUCGAAGACUUGUUGAAUACCCAAAACGAUGCGAUUCAAAGGGCGCUGAAUCAACGCUUCAAAUUCGAUUUCAACUUUGCCAAAGCGGACACGUCAACACUUUCGGAUCUCCCCUCCACCCGUUCACCGUCCGCAAAACGCUCGAUUUCCCCACAAACAAGCGCCUCACUUUCCCCAUUGACCGCCUCACUUCCAGCGACUCUUUGCGGCACUUCUGGAAUUCUUGGAUCCACCGCUGCCGACGUUCCCUUUUGGUUAAUGUCGAUCGAUCAAUCAGCGCUUUUGAUGGCACAACGAUCCGUUUUCCCUCAAAUCUGGACAAGUGCCGACGCGUUGCGACUGGCUGCCGUCGGGAAAUCGUAUCGCCGGAGGAAAGCGCGCACGGUUUUCUCCGAUGCUCAGCUGCAAGGCCUUGAGAGACGUUUCUCCACACAGAGAUACUUGAGUACUCCAGAGAGAAUCGAUCUCGCCGAACAUCUCAAUCUUUCCGAGACACAGGUGAAGACGUGGUUUCAAAAUCGCCGAAUGAAGCAUAAAAAAGUUGUUCGUUGUGGGAAAGAUGGAGAAAUGAUGCAAAUAAUCGAAGAUGAUGAAGGAGCAGAGAUUUCUGAA